GUCGCAGCGCAGGCCGGGGCGCUUCGUAGGGUGGCGAGGGAAGGUCAAAUGGCGGCGCUGCUGGGCGGGCUGGUUGCUUUAGGCUCCGCGGCCGGCAGGCAACUUUUGCCUGUUCCCACAUUCAGUGCAACUGUGGUGAGAUUUGCAUCCAAAAAAAGUGGAGGCAGCACCAGAAAUCGUGGAGGGAACAGAACUGGGAAAAGGUACGGCUUCAAAAAAUUUGAUGGACAGUUUGUUCACGCAGGCAACAUAUUGGCCACCCAGCGUGUGAUCCGGUGGCAUCCGGGUGCUCACGUAAGAUGUUCUCUUUGUUAUUUCAAAUACCACUUAAUUAAGACCUCAUUCCAUUUUUAUCAAAGCAUCUGUUUCCUUGUCUUACUCUAAAUUAUCCUGGAAUUU